ACCAAAAAAAUUGAGCACAGCACGCGCUCCUGCCCGGCGGCGACCAAGCACUUGAGCAAGAACAAGUCCUCAGACCCGAGCGCCAAAACCCUCACGAGCCCGCGGUGGGAGCUGAAGAAUCUCCUCACCCUGGAAUCGGAGUUCACCGCCCGGAGCUUCUCCUCGGUGGUGCCGCAGCUGGCGAGCUUCUCCCGGAGGGCGGUGAGCCUCGCAAUCUCGCGGCGGAGCUUCCCAUAGCUCCUACCCCAUCCACCUCCGACCACCGCUCCGCCCAUCCCCGGUUACCUGCGGCCGCGUGACCACCGGCGAGCACUCCGGUCUCCGGCCACCGCGUCUCUGCUCCAUCCAAGCUCUUAGCGAUUAUGGCUUUGACAAUGGAAGCCAUGGUGAAAAAGUUUCAGUCAAAAUUCAGAAAAGUCAGGGAAGAAAUGAAUCAGUGGAAUGAGCUUCAGUCGUGCUUAAUUUCACAGUUUAGAAAUGCUUCCUAUAUUGUUGAAAGGUUAGAGGUGCUCCAAAAUUCCCACAAUUAUGGUGUUCUGAAGUGUGUCAGUGGUGUAAGAGAAGCUCUUUUGGCAAAGCAGAUUGAAUCUUUGGUGAACAUUUUGGUCUCCAUGAAAAAGACUUUGGAAGACUUUCAUUGUGUUGUCUUAUCUCUUGAGAAAAUUCAUCGUGAAGGUAGACAACUAGUUAAAGGUGGUUCUUCUCGCCCAACCAUUAAACAACUGCAGCAGCGAGUUGGCAUUAAACCCACACUUAAUGAUUGCUUGGAUGGGCUGUUGUUUCUACAUGAAAUACACAACUCUGAGUAUUUAUUAAAAUCAUCAGUGGUCUCAGCUUUAUCAGCAAUGGCCUUAAAACCCAGUGCCAGUGAUCUUGGUGCAUUGCAACAACUCUUGGUUGAUCAACCUAAUCUCCUUACUGAGGAAGUUCAAUUUGUAUUUGAUGUAAUAUUUGCUGAAGAACUAUCUUGAUAUCCUCUACUAUCGAUAUUGACAUUGUACAUGGGAGUGCUUGAGCUUUUUGUACCUCAAGGGAGCCCUUUGAUCCCACAAGCAUGAUUGUUGAUGCAGAAUUAAUCGUGAUAAUUUAUGAAUUUUAUUAUCAUUGUUAUUUAGGGGGUUUUAAUUUAUUUUAGAAAUGUUCUUUAUUAAGUAUAUUUUUAGGCCUAUUAGGAUUUUCAAUAUUAAGAAACCAAUAAUUGAUUAGGAUUUUGUAUUCUGUUUGGGUUUGAUUAGGAUUUGGAUUUAUUUUUGAUGAAUUUUUUUAAAAA